AUGAGCAAAAGAGAACGGCCUAUUUGGAAACCCUGUGGGAUUAAUAUUCUCAAAAAAACUGACAAAAAGUGUGUGCAACCAAAGCCGGCAUCCACCCGGCCGAGCUUUGAGCGGCGACGAGAUGCGCCAGAAACUUUGAAAUCGUCCACUAAAGACACAAAAUUUGGGCAACCAAAGCCGGCAUCCACCAGGCCGAGCUUUGAGCGGCGACGAGAUGCGCGAGAAACUUUGAAAUCGUCCACUAAAGACGAAAAGUAUAUGCAACUAAAGCCGGCAUCCGCCAGGCCGAGCUUUGAGCGGCUGGGAUAUGCGCCAGAAACUUGUAAAUCCUCCACUAAAG